AUGGAAGACUCAAGACUCAUCGAACUAGUGCGUGAACACCCUUGUCUUUUUAACGCAAAACACCACCUGUACAAGGAUGCAAACGUCAGAGAUAACGUGUGGAGUGAAAUUGGCAUGAAAAUGAAAUUACCAGCUGAAGAGUGUAAAAACCGAUGGAAAAAUAUCCGGGAUACAUAUAUGAGGCGCAAAAGAGCCAAAAAACUUCCCACAGGAUCUGCGAGUUCAAAGAAAGUGCGCAAAUGGCAUCUUGAAGACUACCUUGAAUUCAUGAACGUGGUCGAAUGUGAGAGAGAGACAGUCACAAAUACUAUCACUCAAGAUGAUGAAACAAAAGUUGAUGGACAAGAAACUGAAAAUGUUGAAAUGGCCGAAGAAUCUGUUUAUUCUGAAAUUCGUGAUCCAGAGGAUCUUAACAAAGAUCUAUCCGAAGAACCCGAGCAGCUCGAUGGUGAUGGUGUGCCGAAGCAAUCAAAAAAACGAAAGCUGAAAACUAAAUUAUCAGGAGAAAGGGAGAGUGGGGCAAAACCGACCGACCCGGCAAUUUUGUCUAGUUGGCACCACUGGCGGGCAUGCGCACGCAGCACUGUUGACGCAGCGACCAUGACAGUCCGAUGUAGCUUGGUCCCGUCGCGCUACGUACUUACGCUUUGA